AUAGAAUUGAUAACAGUUUAAGCGUUGCUAGGAUACUUUGGCAAUGGAAAUAGAUUAAAUGAACCUACGCACAUUUCUCUGUAAAAUUUUGGACCAGAACACGCAAUAAUUAAUUAGUUAUUAACAAUUCUUCAUGGAUUUGUUUGUUCCUUUAAUUGCGCGUAAAUACAAAAGUGAUAAUUGAUUUCAGCGACCUCUGUCACAACACAAUAUUCGUUGCAGCAUUGUGCGUUUUAAAAGCCGCAUUAUUAUCAUGGUGGCUUCUACAACUUUGGAUAUUGUACUUGCGUUCGAAACAAUGCUAUGAUGGAUGUGGAUUUAUUAAGACCAGGCACUGUGCCAAUAUCACCUGACACGAUCCUUUGGUUUGAAUUUUUAUUAAAUCCUUCCUUAUUACAGCAACAUUUAUCGAAACCGUUUCCUGAUCCUUCGGCUACAGAUUUGAUAAUAAAGUUUAUGACUAUAAACUCUGAACAGAAAGAGAAUGAAGUGAAAAUCGUUGAUGCAGAAACGAAUGAAACAAAACCCAGUACCACACACAAAUGGAGCCAUAGAAACCUUGCUUUAAAAAUUUUAUCCUUAAAAGUAGCUACGCAGUUAAAAUGGGAUUUAGACGUUCUAGAGAGAAAAUUACCUCUGCCGAUACAAAUGACAUUACUUCAAGAUCUUAUUUAUGUGACAUCUGAUAUGACUGUUGAAAUACCUGCUGUACCUGAAUUUUCCAUACAUGCUGUAUCGGACCAAGUUCUGUUCACGAUGGUUUUAUAUCAUAGGUGGCACAUUAGAGCGAUUACAUACAGAGCUUUGUAUAAUAAACAGUCAAAGCAACAAUUUCUUCAUAUUCCAGGUAUUCAAGAAUCGACGUAUGUACCACCUGGAAUAGUUGAUGACAUGAUUAGAAAGUUGGAAGCGCACAUACCUAACAGUGUAAAUGUUUUAAAUAAUGUCUUGGAAACUAAAGAAUUGAGUCCAAAGAUUCUAUCUUUUGAUACUUUUCAAAUGCUGACUGAAGAUAGCACAGAAAUCAAACAAAAUUGGGAAAAUAUGAUUUCCAUAAAUAUAAAUGAAUUUAAAUGUCAGAUACAUUAUGAUCUGGCAAAGUUCCAUUUGUUGAAAGAAGAAUAUCAGGAAGCAAAGUGUCAUAUUAUAGAAGCAAAAGAACUAUUUUAUAGGCUUACAUAUCCUGAGAAUUGGCUAUAUUGUAAAGUCCAAAAAGAAUUUUUGGAUGGUUGUUGCUUGGCAUGCGAUGUGUCUGUAGAAGGGAUUACAACAAGACUCACUCAACAGUUGCAAGCAUCGAUUAAGGAUCAGUAUAAUAACAUACUACAGAUUUUACAGGCUGACAACGUCACAAGAGAGAUUCCUCAAGUUUAUAGAGACAAUUUGGAACUCGAUAUACAAGGGGGAUCUGUGAAUAGAAAGAUUGUAGUAGCUCGCGAUCUUUUACUUCAAAUUCAAUGUUUAAAUUUAGUAAGGAAAAUCUUAGACGGUAGUAUCAUUCUUGGUGAUUAUGUGACAGAAAUAAAAGCAGCUGGCCCUAAAGGAGUUGAUGUUUUCUUUUGGGCUCUUGACAAUGUUUUGGAAAAGACUUCUGUGAUUGAUAAAAAACGUAUAUCUCACUUUCUUCUUUAUCUUGUACAUACCAGCGAUAUCGAUGGGAUUGCUUCUAAGGUACUUGAUGACCCGGCGUACGUAGCAUUAUUUAAUGAAAGGGAAUUAGAUGAAAUUCGGAAAUCAGUCGCGGUUGAAGAACUGGAAUUACCAGAUCUAUUACUGAAGAACGAUUGGGGUAUACCAUUAAUAACAUUUACGAAGAGUACAAGAGUCGAAAUGUUUGAAUUGGAACAGAAGUUAAUACAAUCUUACAACACCGGUGAAAUCCACGAGAUUUUAUUACAUUUAGAUGGGAAGCACCGAAUGAAACCGUUGUGGCACGUGAAUAGCUGUUGGGAAUUACCAAUUCCGUUACAAAGUGUUGUAAUGUCUCUUCCGCGAGGUUUUCUUCAAGAUUAUUCGUAUGUGUUACUUGCUAAAAGCAGAGAAUUAGUAAUGUCGAAAGAUUUCGAAGGCGCAAUCGAGAUCUUGACUGUACUCGAGAAUGAAGCACAGCAACAUUCUCAAACUGGAAACACGGUGAUAUUUAAGUUAUGUAAAUUAGUAAAUUGGGAGUGUCUUCUCGUUGAGAUAUGGAGGUGUCUUCAUGCUUGGCCAGCAACAAACAUAUGCGAUGUGCAAAGUUUGGUUGCAAGAUCCAAGCAAUGUCUCGGAGCAUUACAAGCAACGGAUCAAGUUAUACCACGGCAAGAGAUCAUCGAAUAUUGCACUGUCUUUCUUUUAAAUAUGGCUGAAUGGGAUUACCUUACUAGCUUAGAGAAACGUUGGAGCUACACAGAAUUUGCAGCAGCUGUUAGCAGUGUCUGUCAGGACAUUGUAAAGUAUAAGAGCGGACGAAAGUUCCCAAGAGAAGCCUGGGACAUGGUUUUAGCCGCCUUUGGACCAAGCAGAGACCAACCACAAAAACGUAGCAGUAGCGGUAACAGCGGCACUUCCGGUAGUGCAUCGAGAGACGUUAUUGCUAGCAUUGGAAAUACUCUAGGCAGAUUACGUGAACCUAUGGUUCUUACAGUUGUUAUUUCAUUAUUGGCGCGUUUACGCAACGUUUUGCGUGACGAAUCUAGCCUUGAAUUACAUACACAGUAUCUUUCUCUUUGGCCAGCUGGUGUACCAAACGCAAACUCUUACAAUAUUAGAACUAUAGGGGAAUUGCUAUUUCAGCUAUUGACACAAGCUUUGAAAUAUUAUCCGAGCAAUGUCCCUUGGUUGAGAUUAAUGGGGGAUCUUAAUUUUGUUUUAGGAUAUUACGAGAGUGCUAUGAAGUAUUAUUUAGAAGCUAUUAUGGUGGCUAGUGAUUUGUUUAGCCAACCAGUACCACGAUCGCAGAUCGACGAUCUCGUUUAUAGACGCAUGAUCAAAUGCUGCGCUCAUUUGCAAUGUUAUACUCAAGCUGCUGUUCUAUGCCAGUUCUUAGAGGAAGUCGAUUAUUCUUUAGCGUUUAAAAUGGCAGCGAGCGAUCAGAAAAGUUGCGCACCAGCUGACGCUAUGGAUGCAUAUUACCAUUGCAUUUGGGACACGACGAUCCUCGAGUAUUUAAUACAUUUACAUACAAAACGGGGCGAGCAUCACAGGAAACAGCUAGCAAUUAAAGUGAUCGGUUUACUAGAAUUAAAUUCAAAUAAUAACGAGGAGAUACAACGGGAAGCAGCGAACAUUCGGAAGGCAAAAUUUUUAAGAGCAUUGGCGAAACAGUACGUUUAUUAAUGAGAGUUUAUACGUACGAAAAUUUGUACGAUUGUAUAAUAUCUUUUUUAUUACUCAAAUAUACCGAUUUUUAUAUUUA